CGCAAAGGGGAGGUCAAGUCAUUCAGUGGGUCAGGUGAUUCCCGGUCGGGUUCAGUUCAUGUUGAGGACUCGCCACCGCCAUGUCCGGGCUUGCGCUGCUGUAUUCCGGGCUGGGGUUGACCGCGGCCGCCGCCAUCACCGGCAUCGGAAUCUGCUACACAAUAUUUGACCUUGGCUUCCGUUUUGAUGUGGCAUGGUUCCUGACAGAGACUUCACCAUACCUGUGGUCCAACCUGGGCAUUGGGCUGGCCAUCUCUAUGUCAGUGGUAGGCGCAGCCUGGGGCAUUUACAUUACUGGAUCCAGCAUCAUCGGCGGUGGUGUCAAAGCACCUAGGAUCAAAACCAAAAAUCUGGUCAGCAUCAUCUUCUGUGAAGCUGUGGCCAUCUAUGGGAUCAUCAUGGCCAUUGUGAUCACCAACAUGGCUGAGCAAUUCACUGGCAGAACUCCUAAGGAUAUUGGUUCCCGGAACUAUCAUGCAGGUUACUCCAUGUUUGGGGCAGGCUUGACUGUGGGCCUGUCCAACCUCUUCUGUGGUAUUUGUGUGGGCAUUGUGGGCAGUGGUGCAGCAUUGGCAGAUGCCCAGAAUGCCAGCCUCUUUGUCAAGAUCCUCAUCGUGGAAAUCUUUGGCAGUGCCAUUGGACUCUUUGGCGUUAUCGUGGCUAUCCUGCAGGUGUCUAAGGUGAAAAUGGGUGACUAAGCCCUUUGCUACCUGUCUGUCUGCCAACUGCAGAUUCUGUACAUAUUUAUUUAAUGUCUUCUGUUGGCUUGGGGUGGAGCUUGGUGUAUAAAUUUAUUCCUGUGAUCUUCACCUGCUGGGCCAUGGAAGAACUCGACCAAUUGAUGUGUAUGUGUGAGAAUCUGUCCUCCUUUUCUCCCAUCCUUUCCCACUCCUCUUCCCCUGAAGAAAGGAGCUGGAUAUAUGUAGGUAAAAGGAGCCUAAAGUCCUCCAGCCCUUGUACUCCUUAUGGCACUCCUUAUUAACAACUGCAAUGCCAUGUCCUGUGAAAUAAACGCAUUUGUGUCCAAAGUAGUUGCCCUUGUGUGCCCCCUGCUGCUGUGCCCCUCCUAUGACUCCAGUUCCUGCUGGCUCUGAUGGUCCACAUUUUCUGGAAUAGCUAGUGGUACUGGCUAAAGUCUUGGCUCUGCGGACUGUAGAAGGUGCCCUCCUAGAAAAAUCUGGUCCAUACUGAAGGAGCUGAAAGUGGUAAUUUUUGGAGUUCUCUGAAGCAUCACAAAUGAUUGGUUUUAUUAAAAUUAAUGAUGGGAAAUA